AUGUCAACUUCGGGCCCAUGUACGAAGUUUCCAGCUCCAGGUCUUCGGGACCCGUUCCGUUACAUCACUGGAUAUAACGAUAAGGGCGACUCUGUCAUUUUACAGUCGGACCAUGGAGAUCAUCGAGAUAUCAUGUUAGGUGGUGCAGCAGCCCAGAGCAUCAUGUAUAGUAGCUCUGGAAACCCCGUGGACCUCACAAACAAUGCUGAUCUUGAGUUUGCCAAGAAUAAUCAGCCUCCCGUUCACAUUCCCAACGGAUGUGUUGUGCGGAUGAUUGACUUUGCUCCCGGAACCGGAUCCGAAUUACACCGAUCCAUCGCACUCGCAAUCGGGACCGUCUGUGAGGGCGAGGUUGAGUUGUCUACGAGUGACGAUCCUAGCAUGAAGCGGGUUCUUCGGCCGGGAGACGUAUGUAUCAAUCGUGGUGCUAUGCAUCGAUGGCGUAAUACAUCCAGUAACAAGCCAGCUCGUAUGCUCUUCACCAUGCUUGAUGUCAAACCUAUCAUUAUCAAUGGCAAAAAUCUAGAGUUCGAUAUGGGACAUCUCAUGAAGGAGUAUGCUGAAUACCCUGAAGGUGAAGGCCCAAACAAGAAUGCUUAG